AUGCUAAAAUUGGUGUCAGACAAAAUAUUUACUAUCUCAAAAACCGCCAGUACAAAAACCCGUAUAAAAAAAACGCCAAACCAAAUUAUCACGAGGAGUAGAUAUCUAUUGCAGUCUUUGAAGGCGUCUUUUGUAUUUAUUGUCGAGUCGUCGUCGUUGCAUGAUAAUAGUUCAUUACUUGAAAAGAACAAGAAUAUUGCUGAUAGUAACAAUAAUUAUUGGUGGGAUCAAUUAACAUCCCGGGAUACGGAAACAACAUCCGAACCAGUAGUAGACGCAGAACAACGAGAAAUAAAUACCGCCUACAUCGACAAUAUUAACAAAAUCAUCAAACUACAAGAGGAUCCACUUCCACAUAUUCAAAGACUAGAAGCUUCAAUAUCAAAAAAAAAUGCGACAGAAAUCUCCAACGCAUAUACCGCACUCUUCAAGGCCGGAAAACAAAAACAUCUCACACGACAAAACUACCGUGACGCAAUGACAAUCCUGAAGAAAUCGACAGAUUCCCACCACUUGACUCUGCUCUACCAAAUGCUUCACGACAUGGAAACAGUAGGACUGACACCCGGAAAUUUCGAGUACAAUCAAUUGAUUUACGCGACUGGAGUUGUGCAUUUACAACCCGACAAAUCUAUGGAAAUUUACCAGCAGAUGCUUGACCAUAGAGUCCAAUUGACGGAUCGUACAUUUAAUAAUUUGCUCAAUGCAUACAAGAGGAAUUUGGAUGUCGAGGGAGCGUUGAGAGUGUAUAGAGAGAUGCGGGAGAAAGGUGUCCGGCCGGACAUUGUGACGUAUAAUUCGUUGAUUGAUUUGUUUGCAAAGAAGAAAGAGAUGAGUAAGGGGAGAGAAUUGUAUCGGGAGAUGAUAGAAAUUGGUGUUACGCCUGACAUGAUGACAUUUUCUACUUUGCUAAGUGGAUACAUUGAUGCUGGAGAUAUGGAGAAUGCUCAAUCAAUUUACGAACUGAUAAUGACGAGGAAUAAUGGCGAGCUAAAAAAUAUGGAUUAUAUCAUGGUAAACACGAUAAUCAAAUAUUAUACCGCAAAAGGAGAAACAGAGAAUGCAUUGAAUGUAUAUAAGGAUAUGUCGAAACCUUCUGCCUCAUUAUCACCAGAUAAUGACUCUACAUCGAUAACAACAGCCGGAAUAUCUUCACCAAAUGCACCCAAUAUAUACACAUACAACACAUUAAUCGACCAUCACCUAAAAAAACAUCAAUUCUCUGACGCAACAAACAUUUUCCAACAAAUGAUUGAACAAGGAGUGAAACCAAAUCCGGUGACAUACUCCACAUAUAUUGAAGCAUUACUGAAUGUCAAUGAUUUCGAGGAAGCGAUAUUCUUAUUAUCGUCCAUGACUAAUCAAGGCCUGAAACCUACUUUGCAAACAUUUUCCUCUUUUAUUACGAAAGAUUAUGAUGAAUUAAAUGACGAUACGAAAACGAAUGCUAUUAAUAAACUCAAAAAUUUACAUACAUCAAUCAAUCUACUGAACCAAAUGCGCGAAUAUGGACACAAACCAGACAUUUACUUGUACAAUACAAUGCUGGGCACGCAAUUUGAGUUAUCGGAUUACCAAGGAGCUCUGGAAACAUACCGAAAAAUGGUACGGGACAAUGUAAAAUUAAACGAGUUAUCAUAUGUCACACUGAUAAAAAUUUCGAAUCAGCUUGGGAAUCAUACCGAAGCUUUAAAGUUCUACUCGGAGUUAGUUUCAUAUAUACGGCGACAACAGCUCGAAGGAGAAUCACAUCUAAACACCGAACAGUACAAUCAAAUAUUGGCCUCGUUUGCGAGAUCAUUACGAAUGACAGAAGCACAACGAGUCUUUAAUGAUUUACUACGACAACAUGAUAGAAGAACAGAAGACACUGCAUCACCUGAUUCACUAACUUACGGUAUUUUAUUAACUGGCUUCGGAUAUGUAAAUGAUCGCGAAUCAAUACGAAGGAUACACAACAUAUUAAAUAUGGACUGGGGACUCACGCCAACCAUACAACUAUACAACGCACUAAUGAAUGCGUACAACAUCGUAGGUGAUGGUUCACAAGUACUCAAAAUCUGGGAUGCAUUAUGGCUCAGCAAUCAAAUUAUUGAUGUCGCCUCUGUCUCCAUAAUACUGGACAAUUGUGCAUACAAUAAUUAUAUGUGGCGUAUACGUGGUAUUUGGCGAGACUUGAAAGCUCACAAAUUCCCACUAAACACAAACAACUACAAUUCGUUUAUCGAGGCUUUGGCGCGACAUUCGUUUUUUGAUGAGGCGAUUAGCGUCUUGACUGUGGAGAUGGUACAAGAUAAUGUCAAGCCAAACGCGAAAUCGGUGCGCACUAUCCUAUCAAUGUUACAUAAUCGACAAAGAUCGACCGAGGAGUAUUAUGUUAUUUCCUGGGUGAGGGAACAGUUUCCAGAGUUGGCUCGCGAGUUAAAACUUGUUAAAGAAGAUGAUGAAUGA